GAGGAGAACUCGGAAACCGGAGCAUCUAGUUGCCAUAAUUAUAGAUUCUUGGAUUCGUCCUCAAUUCCAUGAGUCAGUGGCUGUCUUUCCUGUCGAUGCGCUGCCCUACGGCACGGAUGGCGUGUCUGUCUAUGAUAACCUUCACUUUCGCCGAACCAAUGCCUAGAGUCUAUGUGUCUAUCCUUCCCAUUCACUACCGCCAGGGGAGCAAUAUCUCUUUUGUACGCCCUGUCGCCAACUGUAUCCUCUAUCCCACGGCUUGCACCCUUUUCCCCCCUUUGACCCCGACUUAUACUCGGGGUCGUAGUGCCAUUAAGGCUACCCAGUCCAACCAGCCCCAGUCGAAACAGUUAAAAUUUGGGAAUCGGAACAGCCACUCGUACACUGGUUGAAUCUAUCAACAAGGUGCAAAUUUGGGCUCGUCGUAUUAUGAAAAUCCCUGGCAAAGUCGCCGCCGAUACCCAUUAGAGCGAGGCGCGCGCGCCCCAAGACCGAGCCGAGGUGCCGUGACGCCGGGAGUAGCAAGCUAGGAGACUCCGGAUUGGAAGUGUCACCGUGACAAUAACAAAACGGGAGCGGAAAAAAGCGGUAGAAAAAAAAAGGAGUAGCGA